GUAGUGUUGCGCCGGGCGUACGACUCGUACGAGCCUGCUGCCAGUCGUUCGGCGGAGCUCGGGGAGGUUAGGUCGGGUAACGCAUCCCGGAUGCGAAUGCUCGGUGGUACGGCAGAGUACCGCGACGGUCGACAGACGACGGCAGCGGAUACGCGACGCGGAGUCGCGCGAUUACGGCGGUGCCGCCGAGCACCGGUCUCGCUCCCUUUCUCGCGCGCUCGCUGGCGAGCGUUCGUCCUCGUCCUCGUCGUCGGCGACACUCCGAGACGCUCUUGUCCCGGUAACGGGGGCGAGCCCCUCGCUACGCCCGCUCGUCGCAGCUCGUUGACUCUCAUCCCUUCGGCGUCCUCUCGUCGUCGUCGUCGUCGUCGUCGUCGUCGUUGUUGUCGUUGCGUCGGCUGGACAACGGACGCGCGACUGACCACAUCGUCGGCCGUCCGUGCACCCUGUUCGUCGCACCUGUCAAUACGUAGCAUCAAAGGGAGCGAGGACAAACCAGCACCGUGUGUUCCCGGCCUAGUGACCUGACCUUGGAUCGGUUCGACCAGAGUCUCAACGUUACUUUCAAUUCUCGUCAUGCAUGGAUUUUAAACUUUCGUAUCCAAUACGAGACUCUGUGAAGCUAGGCGCGACGCAGAACGAAACUCCAACAAUGUGAACGUACAAACCAGCAAAGGCAAAUGCCCAACAAGGUGCGGCCUCGUCAAGAGUGGUCUCCUCAAUCCCCCAUAGAUGUCUUGUGGAUGCCCCGCUCCGCCAUGAGGCCGGCCGAGGGUGACGCGUCGGAUUGCAUUUUGGUGGUCGGCGUAUCCAGAUCGAAAAUGGCCGUCGCUUUUCUAUCGGUCGCCCUGCUGUCCCUCUUCCUCACCUUCCACAUACUGUACGACAGCGCCGUUUACAGCCUCCACGCGGUUUCCGCCGUUGAAGGACGCACGGUCGAGCUAGUCUCUCAGGUACGCGCAACGCCGCCUCUCCUCUUCUCCAACUCCAAGGUUCACUUUCCGCGCACGAAUCGCCAUCUUCCCCAGGCCAUCAUAAUCGGCGUACGCAAGUGCGGCACAAGGGCGCUGCUGGAGAUGCUCUUCUUGCACCCGCAGAUCCAGAAGGCGGCCGGCGAGGUUCACUUCUUCGAUCGCGACGACAACUACGAGAAGGGUCUGGAGUGGUAUCGCCGCAAGAUGCCCUACUCCUUCAAGGGACAGAUCACCAUCGAGAAGAGCCCCAGUUACUUCGUGACGCCCGAGGUGCCCGAGAGGAUCCGCGCGAUGAACGGCAGCGUCAAGUUGCUGCUGAUCGUGCGGGAACCGGUCACUCGGGCGAUAUCGGAUUAUACGCAAUUACGCACGCACGCCGCGACCGCGUCCACUUUGACGUCCAACGGUACGCCGCAACAACAGCAACAACAACAGCAGCAACAACAACAGCAACAACAGCAAGCGGCGCGUACAUUCGAGGAGCUCGUUAUACGACCCGACGGUACCAUCAACGAGUCCUACAGACCGGUCGCCAUCUCUCUCUAUCACACCUAUAUGCAUCGUUGGCUGGAAGUGUUCCCCAGAGAGCAGAUUCUUAUAGUGAACGGCGAUCAAUUGAUCGAGGAUCCGGUGCCACAGCUGCGUCGAAUCGAGAACUUCCUCGGGUUGGAACCGCGUAUCGGUCGGCACAACUUCUACUUUAACCACACCAAGGGCUUCUACUGCUUGAGGAACGAGACUUCGGAGAAGUGUCUGAAGGAAAGCAAGGGGCGCCGUCAUCCGCGUGUCAGUCCGAUGGUCGUGACGAAGCUGAGGAGGUUCUUCAACGAGCACAAUCAACGCUUCUAUGAACUCGUCGGAGAGGAUCUCGGCUGGCCGGAGGAAUAACCAUCGUGGAAAGUCCCGACUCGUUCGUUACGUGACGCGAGUCGCGCGUGCAUCCAGCGACGGGCGUGAUCAUUCGAGUAAAAUCAAAUACCCUGUUGUCCUUGCUGAAGAAGAGACAUCGUACAUGAAUGGAAUUAACAAUGUCGUCGACGAAGGCACUUGGGAUUAGCGUCGCUUCGAUCGGCGAUAUUCUUCGAGGACAUCGACAGGGAUAAGUAAUUUAUUAUUGAUUAUCUAGUCCUUUAUUCUCGAUAAAGAGGUCCGCUGAUGUUUCACACUGAAAGUACUGGCGCCGGUGCCAGGAUGCAUGCGAGAUUAGCGUCUUGUUAUUGCAUUAUCAAACAUGUAAGCAUACACAAAACAUGCGCACACAAAACAUACACACCCACACACACGUACAAAGACACAGACACAAAGUUACAAUAACGCCGGCCAAAAUAAAAUAGAGACGCGGAUCUGCGAGACGGACACGAUCGCCUCGUGGAUUCACGUGGCGAUACGGAUCACAUUGGUCCGUGACUUUACAUAUCAAUUUUACAUAUCAAUAGUUUACAUAUCAAUAGGUUAACUAGUUCGUAACGACAAAGAUUGAAUAUUUUUAUAAUCCACAUUGGAAGUUGUUAUAUCGCUUAUGUCGUUAAGGAUAUUAUUACGUAAUAACGCGAAGGACUCUCGCCCGAUCAUGAAGAUCGAAAGUUUUAUUUAUUGCGCCGCGCGCAUGCACGAUUCACCCACAGGUACAAGGGGGGAAUAUGCCAUUAUUCUAAUUCGCUUUUUUGUUUAAAGAGAAACCGUAGAAAGAGAAAGCCGCAAUAUUUUCCUUUUCCCCCCUCGUCUCACCCUCUCUUUAGUUUAUCUCUUUUCUCUUUCUCUCCCUUUAUAUCCCGCGGAAAAGCGCGAACGUUCUUCUCCAUCGUUCUCUGACACUGGAUAUUGGUGCAAGCGUUCCUCUGGGAACACGAAGAGAAGUAGGGUGGAAUCCGACCAACCGCGAAUAAACUCGUCAGCGGCAGCAGCAUAGACAGAAUGGUUCGUCGGUACUUUAUAGGUAGAAAUCUUUAUAAUCGAUUAUUCUCCAAAUCUCCCAACGGAGCUCGAACAUGGAAAUGUUCUUGUUUUUUUUUUUUCACAUGUAAAUAAUAUAAAAUUUCCACCGAAAGACCGUGUAUUACGUGUGCAGCGAGAGCAACGCGACAACAGAAACUCCAUCAAGAGUUUAUUACGGUACGUGCUUUCUCUUCGCUGAAAGAGUUCUCAAUUAUUACGCAGACGAUUAACAAUUUAGCUUGACGUCGACGAGGCUGUUGGAUGUCGCGAGAGACGAGUAACUGGUGUCCUUCACAAAUCUGCUUGCGGAUUUACUUUGAAUAAAGAGAGGCGCAUAAAACUUUACAACAAUAUCAUCAUUUAAUAAUCGACCAAUUGUUUCAGGCAUUUUUAUAUUUUUCUCAAAUUUCUUUCUUUCAACGUCAGAGUGAUAAAAAUCGAUUAGAGACGCGAGAAUACAAGGCACGUCUGUCAUCGAGAACGUGGGGAAAACAAGGGAGAUGAAAGAAGCGAGUUGCAGCAUGACAGCUUGUCGCUUAGCGACAGGCUCUUCUCUUGAAAGGAUACGGCGCCAUAAAUAAUCCGCUUUGCGGCGUAAGUGAGUCGUGCAUGCGCGGCAAAAUGCACCGUGCGUUAAUUCGUGCGAUAAACGCCGGUCGCCUAGACCUCCGUUUCAGCGGCCGGAGAUCUCGGGAAUCGGAGUAAAUGGCAUUCCGAGGCCAAGUGCGUCAAUUUUCUCUUUUGCGCCGCGAUUACUUCCAACGAAACAAGUACACCCCAUUAUCCGAUAUAUCUUUGUAAUUAGAACGGACAGUGUCAUUGACGCUUGGGAGCUUUAAAGAAGGAAAAGGACGGCGGAUUGCGCGCGAUUAUAUCGUUUCCAGCGAAAGAGGAGAAAUCGUUUAUCCCUGGUACUGAAAAACAGAACAGCUGGAUACGUCGUUCCCAAAGCUUACUUCUAUUAAUCUGUUUUCAAUUGCGAUUGUUUAGAAGCGUAGCACCGCUUUACGCGCUAUUCGACCCCAUUAAUUACCUACUUGUCGUUGCUGCAAUUUGCUUGCCGUCAACGACGUCAACAUUAUGCGCGGCUCGAUCAUCGGGGGUUUUGCGAGAACCCAACUUGCGGUCUCAUCAACAACAAUUUCGGGUCCCGAGCAAUUCAACUCAAAGAGAGCCUUGCCUCGUGCACCUCGUCGUCGACUCUCCUUUCCACGCACACACACACACACACACACACAUACGCGUACGCUUUGAUCAAAUCUUUGCUCGGGGACUCGGUUGUAUUCGUGAAAGUUGUAAUUUCCGCAAAUAACCUUUGAUUCUCGUUGGAUUACCUCACGGUUUAUAGAGCGCUCGCGGGUUGUGAAUUGCGAUCUUUUGCGAUUGCUGUGCGAGGAUACCCGGCCGCAUUUGUCGCUCGAACAACGUAGGAUCGAUAAAGUCGGAGCGAGCUAAUAAGCAAUUGUUAUCAAGCAAGUAAAUUUUCAAUUAGCAGGUUAAUACGCGACACGGCCGAGAGGAUUUGAAAAUGUCACGCCAUCGGUCCUCGCGUCUCUCGCCCACGUAAUCUCGCGGACGAAUAUUUAAUUCCACCCUCGAUAACCGGGCGAGUUUAUUCGGUAUGCACGCGAUCGCUUCUCUCGAGCUCGCUUAAAACGCACGAAGAAAAACGCACAUAUCGCCCGAUGUUCUUCCUCGCGACGAGCGUUUAGGGAUCGCGUUACGACUUCCGACCUCCGUACCCAAUUAAGGAACUUGUAGACCUUCUUUAAGGAAAGUCACGGCACGGGUUGUUCGAUAAGCUAAGAAGCGUAACCGGUCACGUUAACCAUCUCGCACGCUCGGUUACACUCAUUUAAACAUUCCACACGGGGCGAUGAAACUAGGACAUAUUUUUCAGCGAGUCUCGGUAUUCUCUGACGAGUAAUUGUUUUUUUUUUUUUCCCCGAGGAUCGCAGUGACAUUCGAUCACCGAUCAAACGGUGCUUUCUACUUUUUCGUCCUGUAGAGUGAAAACACCGCGAGAUACAGAUUUCUCGAGUGAGAAUAGAAGGUGCACAGUUUUUUCGAUUAUAAUAAUGUCCGGACGCAGAAUGGAAUUCGCCGAGAGCGAGAGAUCGGGGCUCUUUGUGCGACCAAUAUUAAAUUCGCCGCGACUUUAAUAAAUCUCCCGCCAAAUUAUCUAACCGCCCAUCUGGCCGUCGUUAAAAUUACGACGCGAAAAAAUAUCGUCUCUGGAGCGAAGCAAGAUAAAUAUUGUUCCUUUCCAUCUUUCUCGUUACCGCGAGAGAACGUUGCAAGUGGAAGUUUCAUUCGACCCCGGCGCGCAUCGCGCGCGAUCACGAUAUUCUCCCUCGGCCUCCGCGGCCUCCCGGUCUCGGCCGUUCACCCCGACUUUAGUGGCGUUAACAGUCCCCCUCCUUCCACCUCUGCCCACCCCUUCCCAUCCGCUUUCUCUCCUCUGCCGGGGUGAGGUGCUUUUUUUUUACCCCCGGGUUUUUUUUUUCUGUUCAUCGAUGUCCGGUCAAUCUACGGGGAUUUCACGCAGCCCUUCCAUUUGCGGGGGGGGGGGGGUGUCGGGAAAAACAAAUAUUUUCAAUGCCGAAGUUAGCGCGCAAGAGCCUUUGUAAAUAUGUCAUUUCGUCCGCACCUUCCGGAUGAAAUAUGAAACGUGGCGGGAACGAGCACCUUUCUCUUUGUAUCUGCGAUAUCGACAGACAGAUGUCGAACGUGUAAUGUACCUUGUUACGUAUACACUGGAGAGGUGUCCGGCGACCUAUAUAAAAUGUAACGCACAUCGCGCAAGUCGUGCAAGUAGCAAUUGAAUUGGGGUCUUUCGGAAACAGCUGCCCGCACGCGCCCGGAUAACCUCUUUGCCUUGACUGAUCGAUAUUGCCCGCCAUUCACGUGUACGCCCGGCGAAAUGUACGCAGAUCCCGCGGAUCCCUCUUGUCCCUUUCAUCUCCAUUACGAAUGCACCCUCCGCGGAGAGGCAGAGAGAGAGAAAGAGAGAGAGAGAGAGAGCGCGAACCGGGAUGAAUAUGUAUUUCCCAGCGAGCGUGGCACGCGAAAGCACUGAAAUUUAUAAAGACUCCCCUAGCAGGUAUCCCGACCAUUUCCCAAACUAUUUCCUCGCUUCUCGUGUAACGAAAUUCUCUGUCCGAGAUAUUUAGCCUUGAAAAUGAUAGACGAUCGCUCGUCAAAAUUUUAUCGAGGAAAAAUCCAAUGUUGAAAUUUUCCAUUUGCAUCCCACUCUCUCUCUCUUUCUCUCUCUCUCUCUCUCUCUCUCUCUCUCUCUCUCUCUCUCUCUCUCUCUCUCUCUCUCUCUCUCUCUCUCUCUUUCCCAAUCUGUCUUUUCUUUUUUAAUGUUUUACGUUUUCUUCUCUAUUAACACCGAUACCCGGACGCAAUGUAACAGCCUGACGCGAUGGUCGCGAGAAGUGCUUCUUCUCGCGUGUGAUGAAUAUGCAUUUUAUGCAAAACGCAUCCGCGUUCGCUGACUUAAGUCGGGGAAGAAGAAGCGCCGGACUACAAGGCUUCGCAGGAAGGAAGGGUUCGCCUAACGAUCUCGAGAAGUCGCCGCGAAUAAAGGAAUUAUACGAAAUUAUGAGGGUGGGGAGCGUGGAUUGUGAUCUAACUACGUGAAUCCGAAUAUUCAAUACGGAGGUCACCGACCCCCGACACUCCUCGGUAAAGUUGGGAAGGAACUAGGAAACUGUAUAACGCAUCAGGAAAAUCACGUAAGGAUAGACAAGAACGGGGACGACGGGCGGAGAGGGUAGGAAAAUGUCACCCCCGGGGGAGGAAAUUUUAUGGCGUAUCGACUACGUAGUAUCUCCGCGCGCGUCACUACCGGCAUGAUAAAAUUUAGGAUCGAUUCUCCUUUAAUCGCAUAUUACUAUGCAAUACCCCCACGUAAACGGCGACCCUCGAGUCUCGGGGGAUAAUAAUAACGCGGUAAUCAACCCUCGAGAAGUUUCACGGAAUGGCGGCUUAAUAAUGCACGCGAAAUGCUCCCGGAAUCCACAUGUCGAAUCAAUGACGAGAUGAAAUCUCGUAAUUUUCAUGACCGUUUUACUAAAUCAUGCGAUGAAUCUCAGAACAAUAAGUAGCCUAUUUCAGCUCUCUGACUCAUGUAUUUUCGAAUUUCAGUGACUGAAAACUGAAGUAUUAACUUAAAGAGAUUUUGAAUACUGAUUCUAAUUAUGAAACACGUCACAUUUUUAUUGAUUACUUAAAUAUUAUUUGAAUGAAUAUUAGUAAUAACGAAAUCUCCAUGCUUUUUUUAUUCCUAUUUUAUGACGGAAGUAAAAACGGUGAAGCGCGGUACGAAGCUAUGUCGGAAAAAAAAAACAAAAAAGCAUUAAAAUGUCGCUGUUACUACGCGAAAAUCUAAUUAAUUGCCCGUACAAACUUUUUCACUUUUUAUAUUCCGGAACCUUUAAAAUUUUUUGACCCGGGUCAAAAGGCGGGCGCAAAAAGUUAUUUGUUUGCACAUUUCGCUUGACUGCGCCGCGUUUACCGGAAAUUCCCAGGCAGAACGAUUAUUCGAACGCUUUAAAAUUCAAAUUUUAGCAUUGAACAUUUUCAGAAUGCGCAUUCUUAUUCGUAUAAAAAAAAUCUUAUAUAUUCAAAAAGGCAAAUUGUGUUUUCGGACAAUCUCUAUAGACACUUCGAGAAUGAACGUCCAAAUAUCAAAGAACCGAGCGUCCGUGUCCGUCCCUAAAUAAUCGAUGAGGGCAGCUUGAUCUUCGUUUGUCUUCGGUUCGCAUCCCUUCGUUGAAUGCGCAGCGAUCGGUUUAUACCCUUCAGGUUUUCUCCCCGCGAUUACAUCGUUGCCCUUCGUUCCUAUAAAUGACAUCGAAUCAGCUAAAUCCGGAAAAUUGUUACCUAUAAGCACAUCGCGUAAUUGAAAAGUUUCUUUUUGUAAGAAAGAAUGACGUAUUUUCGUCCGACCUGUCCAAACACUCGUAAUUGCUCGAAACUUAUCGUUUUCAACGGAUAAAAUAAAUUUUUUGAGUACCAAGAUACACGUAUCUCUCCUCGAAAAACUUUGCGUCUCCAGAAAUAAAAAUGUCGGAAAGGAGAUAUCGAACGCGAGACAUCAAGUAUAUGAUAUCAUGAAAUUCGUAGAGAAAGUUAGACGGGGUGUACGUUUUUACAUCAACAUUCUCGAAGGAAGAUUGACGCACAGGCACAGGCCUUCGAAUCUCCCGAAGCACGAAGGGGAGGUUAGACCAUGGGAAAAUGAAGAUGAAAGAAACUAAAGAUAUUAACAAGUCAACAACAGGGGAGGGUGUAUGCGAAUAUCUCCUUUUGGGGGACACGCACCCUCGCGCUCGGAGCGCUGGUCGUUAAAGAGAGAAUAACAUAUCAUACUUGGUAAGGGUAGAAAAUAAGGAAAUCGCUCAACGAUCCUUGGAUCCCUCGAAUCUAUACUUCGACAAAUCCUUGGAUCAUUGAAUUCUCGAAUCGCCCGGAUCGUUACUCUCUAAAUUGUAAUCAGUGUAUUUUCAUUAAUUUACAGUGGUAUACUUAUAACUGUGAUAAUUAGUGAGUAUUCACGGAAAUUUUAGUAAUUUUUACUUCAGAAUUAGUGUAUAAUCACUGAAAGAUCAGUGUAUUUAUUUCACUGAUUGACAAGUUAUAAAUAUACCACUGAAAUCAGUGUAUUUUUACUGAUUUCAGUGAUUUUUUACUAAUUGUAAUUUAGAGAGUAGAUCCACGGAUUAUCAAAUUCCAAAUCGUUCCUUCGCGCCAUGCUCGCCACGAACCCCUGUGAAUUCAUUCUCUCGUCGAGAGAAGGAAAAAUUUGCAAAAUUGCGCGCACAGCAUAAUUCGAUGCGAUGACAAGUCCAUCCGACCCCACAAUGCUCGAUUGCAUCACUUUGUAAAGGUACAAAAGGUUCAAUUUUAUGACUCAAUUGCCGAGACACUCAAUUCGAAAAUGAAAAAGUUACAAGGCGACCAAGUCGAAGGUAAAAAGUACAAAAAGAUACACAACAAGAGGCAGCCUUCCAGCGAAAGAAAUUCGCCCGGAGAGCGAAGGAUCUAUGAAUGGAGGGACAUGUAGUGGAUCUAGGAUACAAUGUGUACACGCGCGCGAGUUGCAACUUGCGCUUGCUUUCCGUUCCUUCUUAUCGGCUUUCGCGAGUCAACGGCGGCGGCGAAGUACACUCUCCACCACGGGAUAUCUCAACGAGAGUAUCUCCUGCCGACUGUGGUCCCCCCCCCCAUCCUCUUUCCCUUCACCUUCGUCGUCUGUACCGUGCACCCCGGGGGAGAGCGCUGAUUUAUUUAAAAGACGAAGUCAACGCGAAACUGCCGGCUUCGUCACUGCCGGCAAGAGUCGCUCGAUUCUCGAUUCUCGUAUCCCGCUUUUCACUUCGAUUUUUCAUUUCAGAUUCUUGUCCCAGAAUCCCAUCGAUACAUGUACCAAUUUAUGUUUCUAGUCACUCAAAACGACUCUCUUAUUUGGUUCGUUAAACUUGUUACGUUAUAUAGUUUAUAUUUGAACUACAAAUUCCAUUUCCAAUUUUAAAUCUCAGUUGUAGCUAAAUAUAAACUCCUCUUCCACUUAUAAGUUCAAAUUCAAACUUUAUUGGCAAUGAUUUAGGCAUUAGACUAUUUUUGACUAUCUUCAUUUGCUUGUAUAUAACUCAGACUUUAUUAAUACUCCGACUGUCAACCAACCACUGUUUUUCGCUGCUUGGAAUUGCAAUAAUAUAUGCGAUAUUUCGCGUUUCGAUAAUAUCUCGCGAAUAAUUCUCCGAGGGAAUUCCUUCGAUCAAAAACAAAUGACAAAAGAACAACAUGUACAUGCGCUCUUUGUUCGUCUGUAAAAUUCCGAUUUGUACCACGGGACAACGUGGCGGGCGCAAUCGGCUCUCUGUCGAAAUAUCAGAUAUCUUAUCGAGAUGACAGCUUCUUCGAAUUGCCAUUGUCUUUCAAGUUGUUCGUCUGGUAAGACACUUGAUAUCGCUGGCGCGAAAGAAUAUUAAAUCAGAGGUGCACAAACUAAUGCGCAUUCAACUCGGCGUAGACCAAACUUGUUAUUUUUUUGAGAAAUGUAUAAGUAGAAUUAAGUUAAGAUUACGAUGUUCUGUAUAGCACGUUACACGUCUUCACUUGACAACCGAAAUGUAUAGAUAUGUUAAAGCAUCAAAAGUCGCGAAUUAUUUUAUGAUUAUAUUAUCUCUCUCCCUGUGAUGUCAAAUUAGCGUAUUGUAACUUUUGUUCCUGCACAAUAAUAAGUGCAAUAUGUUAUUACCACUGCAAUAUAUAUUUAUUAGUGAUAAAAAUUGAAGCCGCCAAAGAUUGGUCUGAUUAACGCGAGGCUGGUAGCCUUUUUUUCGAAGAUUAACACUCUGUACACAUAUUUCUUUAUUUUCCCUACACACAUUGAAUCACCCAUUUUUGAGUUCAUUUUCAUUACUUUUACAAGUAUGAAAAAAUGACUUACAUAUACUUUAACAUCUCCAAAAAUAUUUGCAUGAUUGUUUAUUUAAAUGGUAUUAUAACUUAAUUAUAAAUUUAAUGAUAUUUAAAUGUGUGUAUUGUAACUAUUAAUUGUAAUUAUUAAUAAUGUGUCCUUAAUUUUUUAAAGACAAAAAAUGAAGAUAGAAUUGUCGAGUCACGUGUGCAGAGUGUUAAGCAAGAAAAAAGUGUCAAAAAUUUAACUUGUGUUAUCUGGUCGUUCUCGUUAACUUAACUAUUUUAUCCUGUCACUUGUGUGUGUGUGUGAGAUUUGUCUUGAUAUUUUCGAAAUCUUUGUCCGGGUGACAAAAGCGAGUUUGCGCGCCGCUGGUGCAGGCGUAAGAAUAGCCUUUAAGAUACUAGAUUUAUAAAACUGUAGCUAUACGUUAAGCAAUAAGUCAUGCUAAAAGAAAGAAAAAACGAAACGAUACAUAUCAACAAUUGCCUGUACGGCGUAUACGAUGUCGUUUCUCGACACGUGCGUCGAAUUAAGCGAAAACAAAACAUGAAAGAGUUUCACAAAAGCGAGGUGUCCGUGCAGAGCCGAGAACGAUCGAGAAGCGAACUCGCGAGUUGCAGAAAAGGGAAAAAUGUUUCGCAUGGAAUUUUUGAAAAUGUUAAGUAUAUAUCUACAAACGUAUAUUAGAUGGAUGAAACUUUUAGAAUAUUCCGUCGACUUUUAUGGGCGAGCGUAAUCAAGCUGGACGUUCUAUGAACAUUUGCAGUUCUAUGUUUUCGUAUUCUCUCUUAUUCUCUCGUAACAUGGGAUGUUUUUCAAAGGGCAAAAAGCUUCCUGUUGAAAAUUUUUGGUAAUCUUUUAACACGUGGAAAACGCGCGCGGAAAUGUAAGAGAGGGAGGGGGAAAAAAAGGGAUCGUUCCGUAAAGCGGCGGUUUCCUCUUCGGAAAAGCGCGAAUUAAUACACGCGGAAAUAUCGAUCGACCCGAGACGUCCGCCGCCACGGCGCGCACACGGCAAAAAAGUCUGGGGUUGUACCGCGAAAAAAGGAAAAGAGGAAACGCCGGCUGAGGAGAAAGACAAGGGUGGCCACUUCUCUAGUGGCCAUGUCUGUAUGGCGCGGCCGCGUUUUCCCCGGGAGAGCAGAGUACUCCGGCGGAAUACAAAAGGCUUUUGCGCGGCGACCCGGCAAAAAUCGCCGGCACACGCCUAAUCGGCCGAGGGUUGAUUCGAUAAAACGCGGAAACGGCGACGCUACGCUACGCCACGCGGAAUUUUCUACGCGGAAAUUUGCAUUCGCGGAAGAAAGGAGUGAGCGGGAGAGAGGGAGAGGAGGAAGGGAGGGUGAACCGGAACGGCCGGCGGGACCGGCUAGGGUUGCGCAAAAAAGGCGCAGAGUUGAACUUUAGUAUUCUUUCGUUACGUCGAGACAUUUUCCCGUGCACUUCUCGAUCGCGAAGGGCAACGCCACCUCAGGAUCGCAUCAAACUAACGCUAUAGUUCAAAACGAGUACAUAUCACUAGUUGUUAAUGGCGCAUCGUAAAUAGGUUUAAUAACGAUUAACAAUUAAUUUAUUAUACAUUUUACUCGUAUCUUAUAUACAUAUAUAUAUAUAAUUAUUAUAUAAAUUGAUAUAUGUAUAUAUAUAUACAAUAUCUAUAUACAUAUGUGUACACACGUACAUGUAUACACAAGCUAGCACGUAAGUUUUAAUAAAACAAUGUAUAAAGAAAUGACAGGGGAACGUAACGAUUGACGAUUAUUCGUCGCAAAUGUUCCAGCAUGCGAGCGGAAAUACGGACAAAAACUGUUCCAUCGAUAUCGAAACCAGACAGUAUUUUAAAUGAGCGUAGAUAAUAAUCGUUAGUCACGUAUGUCUAUUACGUACUGUUUAGCGUUGGUGAUUGAUUUCCGUUUAUCUUCUUUUCUCCACGACUACCGCAGAAAGUAUUUUUUGAACGAACGGUUACCUAAGCGCGUCACUAAACUCUACUUAAAAAACAAAAAGCAAAAUUAAAACAACCUGUGUCAUAACAUGUUUUCCAUUGUGUAAAGUUACGUGUAAUUUACCGUUUAGAAAUCAAAAAUAAAAAAAUAAACUCUAUUACAUAAAGCUGGACAUCAAUUAAGCACAACUGCGCUUCCACAAUUAAAUUUUUAUAACGACUUGUUGUUGUAUACAUUGAAAUCUAUUGACAAACUGCAUAUAUUUACUGCGCGUGAUUAAUUUGACGCCGAAAGAAAAAUCCUUCAAUUAAAUGUCAAAAAAAAAAAGCAACUCUUCCUCUCGUUGACUUUGCUCUAGAUCGAAAGUGACACGAAAGUACUGCGUAUCCAGAGACACGUACACAUCCGCGCACUUACGUUCACGCACACAUAUUUACACACGCGCACACGUAACACACUUUUAAUGAAACAAAAAAAGAGAAUUAUCGUUAUCGAUGUCUACGAUAAAUUGUUAAACCGAAGGACGUAGCGGCACCGAUUCGUUAGAAUCGUUGCCGCUCGGACCGAUUUGUAAUUAACGUUUAACGAUAACUUAUUAUUUUUUUGUAAUAGCAUAUACCGUCUAUGUGUUUCCCGUCGUGUUUGCCCUACCAUUUUUCCUCUUUCCUCGUACUUUCGAUAGGAACUUUUUAAGAAUAACAAAUUCUCGUGUCGCUUCUCACUCUCUUUCUCUCUCUCUCUCUCUCUCUCUCUCUCUCUCUCUCUCUCUCUCUCUCUCUCUCUCUCUCUCUCUCUCUCUCCCCCUCUCUCUCUCUCUCUCGUACCUUUUAAACGGACGCUUUAUUAAGCGCCCGGUAUAUCUAAUUAAUUAAAUCCCUAAUACGUUGUACUUGGUCCGAUUGUUUAACUGCAUAUACGAGUUAAAGCGUCGAUUUCUGGCCAUUGUUAUCUGUGAAGUUGUGAGACACCGCUUCUCGUAUCGGGUGGCAUCGCGAUGUCUCGCCCCGUUACAUCGAGUAUCAACUAUUCGUGGUCAGCGGACCAAUGUUGCGGUGCAACAGAACAACGAAAGCUACGGAACCGACGUAAAAUUCAAUAAGGGAAUCAAUUGCGAAGCGAAAGAUGCGGGAAAAAAAUUAUAAAUGGGGAAACUGCUUGAACAGUCUCUCUGGUAAACCACCGGGACUUUUAUAUUUGACAAAUACAUUUUAAGAGGCGUUUAUCGAAAAUCUCUUUCUAUUCAGGCAGGUAAUUAAUUUCAGUGAAAAAAAAA